AGGCAAGAAGAAACCCAACAAGGAAAAAGAUCUUAAGCAAAAACACCUGCAGCUUCUGACCAGCUUCUGCAGCUUUUUAUAACCUGCUUCAAUAAGUUUGAUAAAAUAGAAGAUGGGUAAACCAAUACAUACACUUGUUAUAUGCAUUGCUUUGAUCAUAAUUCUAUCACUGGUAUCUAGAUCAGAGGGGGAUGCCAGAGCCCAAACCGUCAAGAUGAUUUGUGAUGAAGGGGAAAACAAUCAAACAAUAUUGCUCCAAAACAUUAUCCGGGUAUAUGGAAGACUUAGCAACCAAAUGCAAACUUCACAUAACGCAACAGCAUCGGUGGAAACCAGCCCAAACCAAGUGUUUGGUCUUUCCCAAUGCUAUGGUGACCUCUCUAUGCAAGAUUGCCAAUUUUGCUUCGCCCAAAUACGUAAUAUGCUUCCAAGUUGCUACCCAGAAAUUGGGGGUCGACUUUACUAUGAUGGCUGCUUUGGGCGAGUCCAAACCUAUAAUUUUUUUCAGCAGUAUACAGGGCCUGAUGACACAAUAAUUUGUGGGAAUACAACAACGAAAAGUACCAUGUUUCAAAACUCAACAAGACAGGCAGUGAUGAAUGCUGCAACAGAUGCACUAAGAAACAGUGACUACUUUGCUAGGGAAGAGGUGACCAGGAUUGGUUAUAAUGAUUCAGUUUACGUGCUGGCCCAGUGUUGGAAUACUUUGAGCCCAGAAUCUUGUAGGGCGUGUUUGAUGAAUGCAUCUGCAUCAAUAACAAGAUGUUUGCCGUGGUCAGAGGGACGAGCAUUGAAUGCUGGAUGUUUCAUGAGGUAUUCUGACACUGAUUUUCUUAAUCCCAUACCAACCACCAGAAGCUCUAGGAAUAAAGGGAAGAGAAUAGCCAUUGUAGUUUCCGUUGUUAGUUCUGUGGCGGUUUUCACAGUAGCUUUGGUGAUCAUCUUAUAUAUCAGAAAACGCCAAUAUAUACAGCAGAGGAGAAAUGGUUCUUAUGAAGCAAAAAAUGCCAAAAAACUGGUAAAGAUUCUUACAGACAGUAACUUGAAUUUCAAAUACUCUACAAUUGAGAAAGCAACUGGAAAUUGGGAUGACUCCAAUAAGCUCGGACAAGGUGGAUUUGGGACUGUCUACAAGGGGGUUCUUUUAGAUGGACGUGAAAUAGCUGUGAAGAGGCUCUUCCUAAACAACAAAUUCAGAGCGGCAGAUUUCUACAACGAAGUUAACAUCAUUAAUAGUGUUCAACACAAAAAUCUGGUCAGGCUGUUGGGAUGUAGCUGUUCAGGACCCGAAAGCAUUCUCAUAUAUGAAUAUCUACCCAACAUGAGCCUUGACCGCUACAUUUUUGAUGAAAUAAAAGGCAAGGAAUUAAAAUGGGAAAAGAGAUUUGAGAUUAUUAUUGGUAUAGCAGAAGGCUUGGUUUACCUUCAUGAAAACACCAAGAGAUGCAUUAUACAUAGAGACAUUAAAGCUUCUAAUAUCUUGUUAGACUUGAGGCUUCGUCCCAAAAUAGCUGAUUUUGGUUUAGCAAGGUCUUUUCAAGGUGACAAGAGUCAUAUGAGCACCGCCAUUGUGGGUACACUUGGGUACAUUGCUCCAGAGUACCUAGCUCGUGGCCAGUUAACCGAAAAGGCUGAUGUCUAUAGCUUUGGUGUGUUGCUACUAGAGUUGGUCAGCGGAAUGGAAAGCAACAGAAGCAAAACAAUGGAAUAUUCCGAAUUUUUAGUUUCUAUUGCAUGGAGGCAUUUUAAUGAAGGGACAGUGAAGGAAAUGUUUGACCCGAAUCUGAUGAUGAAUGUAUAUCCGAACAUCAUUUUCCAGAAAGACGCCAUAAGAGUGAUACACGUAGGACUUCUUUGCAUUCAAGAAGCUCCAUCUUUAAGACCAUCCAUGUCAGCAGCACUGAGAAUGUUGGCAAAGGACCAUGAACCACUACCCAUCCCCUCUAGUCCCCCUUUUAUAGACAAGGAAACGAUGGAACUCAACAUCACGCAAACAUUACAGGGUAUUUCAGUUGCUACAGCUUCUCUCAGCUAUUUCCACCCAAGGUAACCUAGGUGGUAAUAAAAUUAAAAAACCAUCAGUCGAUUGGUUCCUUUAGUGAGGAAGGGCCUUCUCAGCUUGAGAAACAGAGAAUUGGAUUGAAGUGUCCUAACUGGUAUUCCAGUGGCAGUUUCCUAGAUUUCUCCCCUCUACGGCCCCAACAGUGAGAUUUGAACCCGGGUCUCUUCAAAAGCCUUCAGCAUACCACUAGGCCACCUUGGAGAUCUGAAGAUAGCAAGAAAUCAUAUGAAAGCAGGGACAGGAAAUUGAGAUAGAGGAUAAGAUCUUAUGUUAAAGUUCAUUUGUGUGUUCUUUUUGUUUGAAAUAUGACAUUCUAUGAAUAUGUCAUGUAAUACUAAUAUUGAGAUAGAGCAUGUGUUUGGUUGAAUACUUGAAUAUAUUGUUAUAUACUUACCAAGAA